AUGACGGACAAACAGGAUUUACGGAAACAAUGCGGGCAGUUAUAUCAUGAAAUUGAAGAAAAAGGAUGGAAAGUAGUCAAACAAGGUGCAGAAGCCAUAACAAUUAUAACUGAAUUUUACCCUGGCGAACCAUGCAUAUUAAAAAGCCGUCCUGAGAAACGAUGGAGACAUCCAAUACUUGAUCAAAAACUUACAAGAAAAAGAUGUUUAAUCGAAGCUAGACUUUUGGCUAAAUGCCAUGCUGUAGGUGUGAAUUGCCCGUUACUUUAUUUUCUUGAGCCCAAUCGUGGUCAGAUUUUCAUGGAAUACAUUGGUGGUCCUUCUGUUCGAGAUUACAUUAAAGAAUUUGUUUCAGAAGAAGAAUACGAGACAUCUUUAGCACCUUUAAUGAAAAUCAUUGGAUCUGAAGUUGCGAAGAUGCAUAUGAACGACAUUGUUCAUGGUGACCUUACCACCAGUAACAUGAUGUUCCGUUCUGUCGAAACUCUUGAACCCGUAUUUAUUGAUUUUGGACUAGGAAGUGUUUCAGAAUCCGAGGAAGACAAGGCGGUGGAUUUAUACGUUUUAGAGCGUGCUAUAGCUAGCACCCUUCCAGACAGUGCUGCUCUUUUUCAUUACGUUCUAGAAGCAUAUGCCAAAACCUGGAAGCAAUGCAAACCUACCCUUCGACGCUACGACGAAGUUCGCCAGCGCGGUCGUAAGCGCACUAUGGUAGGAUAA